AUGAAAACAGGUGCUCUUCUCAUUGAAGUAGCCAAAAAACAGCAUUCAACAUCCUUGUUGGCACUAAAAAAACUUGCAGAUAUACCUGUACUUGCAAAAGUUCACAGUGGACUCAACCAAAGUAAAGGUAUUCUAUUUGACAGAGACCAUGACAUGGAUGAUAUUCCUGAACAGGAAAUCCAAUCUGAAUUGGAGUCCCAGGAUGUGGUCUCUGUGAAACGGUUCACCAAAAAACGUAACGAUAACAUUGAACCUACAAAUACUUACCUUCUUACCUUUGGAAUGCCAACCCUCCCUACGAACAUCAAAGUUGGGUUGUACCAAAUGAAAGUUGAACUGUUCAUCCCAAAUCCGCUUCGGUGUUUCAAAUGCCAGCGAUUUGGGCAUGGACAAACUAAUUGCAAAGGCACAAAAACAUGUUUCAGGUGUGGUGACGAGGGCCAUGACGGCAAAGGUUGUCAAAAGGAACCUAAAUGCAAGAACUGUAAAGGUAACCAUAUGGCUUCUUCAAAACAAUGUCCUUUAUGGAAAAAAGAAAAAGAAAUUCAAAAAGUAAAAUCUGAGAAAAGAAUACCGUACCCAGAAGCAAAGAAGCUAGUCAACAUGUACAGUGUUCCUAGACCAAAUUUAACAUCAUAUGCAACUGUUUUAAAAUCGUCCUCAAUGAAGGACGUUUCUACUCAGGUUUCUGAGAAUGAUAUUCUUAAGCAAACCUUAACAUCUAAGAUGUCUACGUCAUCAAAUGACAAAGCUAAAUCUGUUUCGACACCUGCUUCUGCAGGACCUGCAGCUGUGGCUGCACCAAACCCUGUGGCUACGACUGCAUCAAAGUCAACAGCUGCGGGUAUAUCAAAAUCAUCUGGGAGACAGAAUAGAUCUCCCUCUAAAAACACUAAGAAGCAGUCGAGUGAUCGAUUACCGAAAGCAGCAAAAGAUCCCGUCGCUCUGCAUAAUAAAUAUGGGGUCUUUGAGGAAAUGGACGUUACACCAUGCCAUUCUUCCUCGCGAGUCCGAAGUGAAUCGCCCAAUAAAAAUAAAGGGAGGAUUUCCCCCAUUUCCCAUCAUAAGAAAUAG